AAGAGCUGAUGGGCCCCCAGGACCCAUUGGAUUGGCACCCCCUUUGAAGAUUAUCUCCUAAGCAAAUUGCCCCCCUCCCCUUCUAAACUGGGGAUGUAAGGGCUUUGAAACUAGAAAAAAUGCCAGGUCUGAAAGAGAAGAAAGAACAAGUCCAGCCACACACAGAGCUCUGUGUGUUCAGAGCAAAGUUGGCAGCGUUGUGCUCGGGCAGAGAAACUCCGAGUGGUACAAAGGGACGUGCCCAGAGUGAAGAAAUCAUGCUAAUUGCCUGCCCCAAGGCUGGAGGACGCCACCCAAAAUGAAGAGAGAAAGGGGAGCCCAGUCCAGAGCCUUCAGUGCCCUGCGCCUCAUUCCUUUUGUCUACCUUCUUCUGAUCCAGACAGGGCCCCUGCAGGGGGUGAACAUCACCAGCCAGGUCCGCCUGAUCCAUGGCACCGUGGGCAAGUCGGCGCUGCUCUCCGUGCAGUACAGCAGCACCAGCAGCGACAAGCCCGUGGUGAAGUGGCAGCUGAAGCGGGACAAGCCGGUGACCGUGGUGCAGUCCAUCGGCACCGAGGUCAUUGGCAACCUGCGGCCCGACUAUCGGGACCGCAUCCGCCUCUUUGAAAACGGCUCCCUGCUCCUCAGCGACCUGCAGCUCAGCGAUGAGGGCACCUACGAGGUUGAGAUCUCCAUCACGGAUGACACCUUCACCGGGGAGAAGACCAUCAACCUCACCGUAGACGUGCCCAUUUCGAGGCCACAGGUGUUAGUGGCUUCGACCACCGUGCUGGAGCUCAGCGAAGCCUUCACCCUGAACUGCUCCCAUGAAAACGGCACCAAGCCCAGCUACACCUGGCUGAAGGACGGCAAGCCCCUCCUCAAUGACUCGCGCAUGCUCCUGUCCUCCGACCAGAAGGUGCUCACCAUCACGCGUGUGCUCAUGGAGGACGAUGACCUGUACAGCUGCGUGGUGGAGAACCCCAUCAGCCAGGGCCGCAGUCUGCCCAUCAAGAUCACCGUGUACAAAAGAAGCUCCCUCUACAUCAUCUUGUCCACCGGAGGCAUCUUCCUCCUCGUGACCUUGGUGACGGUCUGUGCCUGCUGGAAACCCUCCAAAAAGUCUAGAAAGAAGAAGAAACUGGAAAAACAAAACUCCCUGGAGUACAUAGACCAGAACGAUGACAGCCUGAAGCCAGAAGGUGAGCUCCCAGCGGCCCACUCGCCCAACCCAUCCUCACUCAGAUCAGUGGGCUUCUGGGAAAAGGCGGACGCAGGCCACAAGGAAGCCGGCUCUGCAGGGCCCCUUCCUCCGCCAACCGCGAGAAGACUGCAGAGCAGGGAGAGGUGCGGCCAAGGUAGGACCCCGCGGGAUGCUGCUGACCUUGGUGGAGGUUGUGGCGGGGCCUGGCCCGGCCCCCUGGGGAGCAGAAGUAGUAGGUGCUGGCCGGCGGGGAGGAGGGUUCUGGGUCUGGGCCAGCUACCCCAUUCUCCGCCCUGUGCAGCAGACACCCUCCCCCGAAGUGGAGAGCAGGAGCGGAAGAACCCCCUGGCGCUCUAUGUGCUGAAGGACAAGGAGGCCCAGGAGCCGGAGGAGGAGCCCGCCCCGGAGCCCCGCGCCACGGAGCCCGGCCCGCCCGGCUACUCGGUGGUGUCGCCGGCGGUGCCCGGCCGCUCGCCGGGGCUGCCCGUGCGCUCCGCCCGCCGGUACCCGCGCUCGCCCGCGCCCUCGCCCGCGCCCGGAGGCCGGCCGCACACGUCUCCGUCCCGCGCCCCCGGCUCGCCCGGCCGCUCCGGCCUCCUGCGGACUGCGGGCGCGCGCUUGCUCCGCGAGCCCGAGGAGGCCGCCCCGGUGGGCAUCAGCGCCUGAGCCGCCGGGACCCGCCUUCCCCCCCGGGGAAGCCCGCACGCGCGGCGGCCGGGGAGGCGGGGGGCCCCCCGCAGGAGCGCACGGAGCAGGGGUCUCGCCUGAGGACGUGGAUGAGCUCGAGCGGAUGGAGGAGGCAGCGGGGAGCCGGGGGUCCAGGGGUGAAACCGGGUCGCGUUUGCUGCUGGCUCGCUGGCAGUGUUCUCGGCGGAUAAGGGCUGUGCCCCCUUAGGACUAUGUAGAUUAUUAAAUAUCCGGCACAGCCCUGCAAGGAUCUUAUGGGAACUAAUAUCAGUAACCUAACUCCCGCGACUAUCCCGCGCCCUUCCCACCCGCCUCCCUUCCCUCUGGCUCCUGGCACGUUUGGGGCAAGCCCAGGGCACAGAGGCCUUCUGCUCAAACACGCACAACCAACCGUCUGGAGGAAGGGGCAGUCAGAUCGCGGGGACUGUGUGUACAGGGCACUGUUCCGAACACCCGGAAAUCACUGCAGGCAGUGCCUCUGGGCGCCUGCUACCUGGGCACCUACCGGUGGAUGCGGGGGGAGCUCAGGCGCAUCCUUUUGCCCCCUGACCUGGGCCCCAGCGAGAACAGAGGAUUCAAGCCCAGGCCUUGGCCUCCUCCCGAAGCCUCCCUCAGAGGCUCAGAGAGAGGCAUGCUGAGCGGUCCUCCUGUCUCUGAUCUCAGAGAGAGGGAUUCUCACUCACUCCCGGAGCCCAGAAAGCAACAUCAGGGGAAGAACUGUUUCUAACGCUCACGCCUGUGCCUUCUCCCUGGCUUCCUUACACAACCAGCCUUUCAAACAAUCAUAAUCCCCCCCCCCCCCCCCAGAAAGGCUGUGGGCUCCCUCCAGCUGUGAGAGAACAAGGUUUGACUUUCCAGAGAAAUGAAGUGGGGGGAGGGGAGGAGGAUCAUUGCUCCCAGCACCUCAGGGAGACGUGAUCCAACCCUUGGCUCCCUCCUCUACCUGCCCUGCUCCCAGAUACCCGGAUCCCAAGAGACUGGAGGAGGGCAGACUCCCCAAUCACACCGCAUCUGAGUACAGAGGCGGGGCCACGGUGUGGCCAGGCCAGGCCCAGGCCCCGGCCUAUGGACCCCUUUGUAGGAGAGACAAUAACCUGCCGUGUGAGGAGAGAGGGCAAUUGAACAGCUGAAAGAGGAGACCUUCUGUGUCUCCUGACCUCUGUUUUCCGAUGCCUCCAAGCGUCCUUGCAUCCCAGGCCCCUCCUCAGCCUCCUAAACUCCAGCUCUGACUCUCCACCUUCCCACAGAGCAAUUCCUAAGGCCCCUGACCCUACCCUUCACACUGGUGCAAGUUUUGUCCCAGCCCCAAGGGCAAAACCAUCUCCAGGUAGCCCCUCCCCCUCUGGCCGUCAGCGGUCAGCAUGCCAGUGGCUCAUUUGAGCUUGCAUGCCUUUGCAGCUCCCCUUCAUUGUCCAGAACUGCUCCCCUCGCCGUCCCAGGUGCCUCGUCCAGGCAGGGUACGUAGGUGCAGGGUACGUUGCUCAGGCAGGUGUGAGAUGUAGGACUCGGAGAAGGGGGAGAUGCUGGUCAGCCUGGAGAGGCAGAGGUGAAGGUGAGGGUGGGACGGGAUGAGAGUCUGCUGUGUUCCGUAACCUGAUGCGGAAUCCCCGAGGGCCCCCCGGCCCGGCUUCUCUGGCUGAAGCCAGAUUUACCUUGAGUGGGGUUGGGGAGUUGGGGAAGGAGUGAGGAAGUGGAUUUUGUUUCUGUUGUAUUUUGUUUGGAUCUUCAUCUUUGUAUUACCGACAUCCAGCAGAGUGCCUCGCACAUACUGGAUGCUCAAUAAACUUUUGAUGAAAUGAAA